AGGGAAAACAAUGGAGAACUCUUCAGAGAAAUCCAAAACCGUACAACAGGUUACGAGCAACAAGGGUGGCCUUAGAACCAUGCCAUUUAUCAUAGCUAAUGAGACAAUGGACAAGGUUGCAAGCGUUGGGCUUCAUGCAAAUAUGGUGUUGUACCUGAUAAAGGAAUAUCACAUGGAUAAUGCACUAGCAGUCAAUAUUUUGUUCCUCUGGGAGCCAUUUCCAACUUUCCGCCAAUCUUUGGGGCUUUUCUGUCUGAUUCUUUCUUGGGUCGGUUUCGUUCUAUUGCAUUAGGGACUCUCAUUAGCCUAUUUGUAAGCAAUUAAAUUUAUUUUUUUUUCCUAAUCUUUAUGUAUAUAAAUGUUCAAGCAAAAUGGGAUAUACUGUAUACUUAUCAGAAUUUGAAUUACAGGGAAUGAUCAUACUAUGGUUAACUGCAUUAAUUCCUCAAGCAAAGCCACCACACUGUAAUGACCCAAAUCCAGCAAACUGUGUAUCAGCAAAGCCAGCUCAACUCCUGCUUCUCUUAUCUUCAUUUGUUCUCAUGGCCAUUGGGUCUGCUGGGAUUAGACCAUGUUCCAUGGCAUUCGGUGCAGACCAACUACGCAAGUCUGACAAUAACCCCAAGAAUGAAAGGGUCUUGCAGAGCUUCUUCAAUUGGUAUUAUGCAUCUGUUGGAAUCUCUAUCAUGUUUUCAGUGACAGUCAUAGUUUAUAUUCAAGAUGAAGCAGGUUGGAUUGUGGGUUUUGGAGUUCCUGUAGGACUAAUGUUGGUGUCCACCAUAACGUUUUUCUUGGGCUCUUUCCUUUAUGUUAAGGUAAAGGCAAAUAAAAACUUGUUUCCUGGAUUUGCUCAUGUCAUUGUUGCAGCUUGGAAGAACAAACACUUUUCUUUAAUACCAAACAAUAUCUUCGAUGGCUGGUACUCUCUCAAAGGUUCAAAGCUUGUAACACCAACAGAGACACUAAGAUUUCUAAAUAAAGCUUGCAUCAUUAAGAACCGCCAAAAGGACUUAAAUCCUCAAGGGUUGGCCAUAGACCCUUGGAGGUUAUGCACAGUGAAGCAAGUAGAAGAGCUAAAAGCCCUGAUCAAACUCAUCCCAAUUUGGUCUACUGGAAUUCCGGUCGCGGUGGCCAUCAACCAAUACUCCUUCAACUUGCUUCGGGCAAAAACCAUGGACAGGCACAUCAUCUCCAGCUUCAAAAUCCCAGCAGCCUCUUUUGGAGUGUUUGGCAUCCUCACUUUGACAGUGUGGGUGGCCACCUAUGAUCUGUUUAUAGUUCCAUUGCUGUCAAAGUUCACCAAACAGCCAAGAGGACUCAGCUUUAAACAAAGGAUGGGAAUAGGGCUGGCUAUCUCUUGUGUGGCAAUUGCGGUGGCUGCAGACGUCGAGAGACGUAGGAGGAGUGUUGCAAUCCGUGAAGGAUUUUCUGAUAACUCUGCUGGAGUUGUGAGCAUGUCUGCAAUGUGGUUGGUUCCACAGAACUGCCUCAUUGGAUUAGCUGAGGCUUUUAAUGUAAUAGGGCAAAUAGAGUUCUACUACUCUCAGUUCCCAAAGAGCAUGGCAAGCAUUGCAAUGGCUCUUUUUGCACUUGGUAUGGCUAUGGGGAAUGUGCUUGGGAGUAUUAUAGUUUCCUCAGUGGAUAAUUUGAGUAAGAAGGGUGGAGGAAAAAGUUGGGUAUCAAAUAACCUUAACCAGGGUCACUCUGACUACUAUUAUUGGCUUCUUGCUGGUCUAUGUGUGGCUAACUUCUUCUACUAUCUUUUAUGUUGUUGGGUUUAUGGGCCUUGUGAGGAGGAAAAGACAUGGGAUGAGGAAGAAGAAGAAGACAUGCGAAAAGAGCUUAAAUCAAUGGCGUCUCCAAAUGUCUUCUCUACUUGAUUUGCAGAUUUUCAUUUUCUGCGUUUUAGGCCUCGGCAAUAUGCAUACUUAUGAUUUAUGAAUAUAUUAUGCUAGAGUGGGCGAGGUAGCCCACUGAGGGAUAGGCCAUACAUGUCCUGUAACAACACUUAAGAAAAAUUAUAAUAUUAAUAUGCUUGUACUAUAUAAUUUACAUGACCCAA